AUACGUCGACGUUAUUGAAUCGCCAUUUUAGAAAGAAGGAGAGCUGUUUGGAACAACAGCAGUCAGUUAGCUUCGUGCUUCAACGUUAUAGUACAUCUUUUUAUUUUAUCCAGUGAUCCUACAACGCAGAAAUGUCUCGGGACAGAUUUAACCUUAACGUUAGAGGAAAUAAUCGUGGAGUUGGAUUUCAACGCCGGGGAGGUGCUGGCCCGAUGCGAGGUGGAAUGGGUAACAUGAAUAAUUUCAGACAAAACCAACACCCUUUUCAAAGAGGGCCUCAUCCCGGUAACUUUGGAAAACCACCCAACCAGAUACCUCAGAUAACCCCUCAGAAGCCACCCGCACCAACUCUUUCCCAGCCAGGCGCUCAAGCGAUUCGGCCACCACCUACUCCUGGCCCUGCGUUAACCAUGAAGGGCCCCAUACAGCAACAGCAGGCCGCUGCCACAGUAGCUCCGGCCACCGCAGCAGCAGCAACUCCGACGGCCGCAGCAGCAGCAACUCCGAAGGCCGCAGCAGCAGCAACUCCGAUGGCCGCACCUCCCGCGGCCGCAGCAACAGCGCCUGCGGCUCAACCAAAAAUGCAGUCCCCACCUCCGAAGCCUGUUCCUCCGAAACCCGCACUUUCAUCUCCCCCACCAAACCAAAUACAAAAACCCGCUCUCUCAUCUCCCCCACCAAACCAGAUGAAUAUGAAUAGGAACCAGCAAAGACCAGGACCCGGCAACGCCAAUGGGAAUGGGAAUAAAUCUGCACCCGCGAACAAAAAACCUGAACCUCAAACGCAGAAGAACACUUCAAAUGAGGCGGAGGAAGCCCACCCCCCCAAUGAGUUGAGAGCGACAUUGUCCUCGUUGCGCAGACCUGGCGAGAAGACAUACACUCAACGAUGCCGCCUUUUCAUUGGAAACCUUCCCAACGAUAUCUCAGAUGACACGUUCAAGAAGCUGUUUGCAAAGUAUGGCGAGCCCAGUGAGAUUUUCAUCAACAAAAACAAAGGCUUUGGCUUCAUACGCCUUGAAUCCCGUGCAUUGGCUGAGAUAGCUAAAGCUGAGCUGGAUGAUGUACCCAUGAAAGGCAGACCGCUUCGGGUGCGCUUUGCAACUCACUCGGCUGCACUGUCUGUGAAGAAUUUAUCACCUUUUGUUUCCAAUGAGCUACUGGAGGAGGCCUUUUCCCAGUUUGGAGUGGUGGAGAGGGCUGUGGUAAUUGUAGAUGAUCGCGGGCGCUCCACUGGCAAGGGCAUUGUCGAAUUUGCCUCUAAACCUGCUGCACGAAAGGCCCUGGAUCGUUGCAAUGAUGGAGUCUUCUUGCUCACCACGUCACCUCGUCCAAUCGUCGUUGAGCCCCUUGAACAAUACGAUGAUGAGGAUGGUCUGCCAGAGAAACUGGCACAGAAGAACCACAACUAUCAUAAGGAGCGGGAGGAGCCUCCCAGGUUUGCCCGUCCUGGCACUUUUGAGUUUGAGUACUCUAAGCGUUGGAAGUCCCUGGACGACAUGGAGAAGCAGCAGCGCCAGCAAGUGGAGAAGAACAUCCGCGAAGCCCGUGAGAAACUGGAGGGCGAGAUGGACGAUGCUUUCCAUGUGCACCAGGCCAACAUGAUCCGCCAAGAUCUGCUGAGGCGUGAGGAGGAGCUCCGACGCAUGGAGGAGAUGCACAGUGCGGAGAUGCAGAAGAGGAAAGAGAUGCAGCUCAGGCAGGAGGAGGAACGUCGCAUACGUGAGGAGGAGACGCUCCGCCAGAGGGAGAUUGAGGAGCAAAUCCGGCGCAAGCGGGAGGAGGCCUACAGAAGUGGGAACUUCAUUGACAAUAGGGACAUGAGAUUGACUCAGGGUGGCGCCAUGGGCAUGGCUGACAAUCAAUUUGGCUCACCCAACCAGAAGUUCCCCAUGGGACUCCAAGGCAUGGGUGGACCUAACGCUGGGGGAGCCAUGAUGCCCAACGAAAUGCGCAACGAGCGGAACUUCCCUCAGGGAGGCCGGGGGGCUAUGGGUCCUAACAACCAAGGGUUUGGCAGGGUCCGUGAGGAGUUUGAUGGGCCUGCCAAGAAGCCCCGCUUUUAAAUCUUUUCAGUGUCCCUCAUAGCAGUGUUUUUGUGUAGGUUCUCUGAACAUCUUCACAUUGAGUCAUUGUUAUAUUUAAGUUGAAAGUGUUCUUGCACUUUAGCCUGAGGACUCAUUCAUUUUAUGGCAAGUUAGUUUUUUCUUUUUUUCUUUUGUAUUUGUAGUGUGAAAUUGAUGAAUUGGUCACCCUCAGUAAUCACAUAGCGCUAUCCCACCUAUGUAUAACUUUCUUUCCAGUUGUAUCGUGCCCGUGUCGUAAAUGGUGAUAAGUGUCAACUUUUCUCACCUUUCUAUGGCUGUGUUUUGUGCCAUUUAAGAUUUGAACUAAAAACAUGUAACUUUACAAUAAAGACCUAAUUUGGUUCUUUCCAAACCUUCUUAAAGUUUAUUUUAACCCAAUUUUGAGUCGUUAUCCUAAAUAAGCCCAGCAAGAGUUGACAAGCCUUUUUCCCUAGAUAUUUAUUAUGUUGGGCGCCGGGGGUGAACAGCAACUUUAUAAUGUAAAUGAUCACCAUGUGAACUAAAUGGAACAACAUAUGCAUACUGGACAGUAUUGAUAAAGAAAGUUGACAUUUUAGAGCACAAUUAGGUCUAGUAGAAAUUGUACUUUUGGGGCCCAAUUUUGACAAUGGAAAUGAGCAGUGCUGGUGUCAAAUGCGAUUAAUGCUACUAGAAUAGUUUGUUUAUAAAAAUACCAGAUUUUUAAAAUUCCCUUUGACUUUUGCGACUUAAAUUAAGAUUUGUUUUAAAAGUAUAAUUUUUGUCUAGCUCUAAAUGAAGUGUAAUGGUUUUUGACAACUGUGCUGCUGCUUUUGCGUUGACAAAAAGGUAGUAUGUUUGGCUCGUGUAUUGUUCCCAAGUCGGCUACAUAUUAUUGAACAGAGGUUGAAAGUCCUCUUUGACCACAUUUAACAUCUCAAAGCAGCACUUGAUUCAUCCACUGUCUCUUGAUAUUGCAUCAUUCAAUCUGUUUAAUUGGAAUGUAUAUCAUACACGGGAAUGUAUGAAAACGAUUUAAGAAUUUUACCCUAAAUAAUUCCAGUUUCAGCCACUGUCUUAGGUCAUAAUUCAAAUGGCCAUGUUAUUAUGAGAAACGGGAACUGUGAGAGAAGUGGUACCCUUCAAGCUACCGUAGAACUUUUCAGCCUUCCACUUUGUCCAUUUUAUUUAUGGCUCCUUCGCUGAAUUUCUUUAGUGUCUUUCAUAGCCUAAGUACUGAUAAACCAACAGGGAUGUGAACUGAUUCAUUCCAGUGACUAUAGUCACUUUGAAGUUUCACAUGAACCGAUUGGACAGCUAGGUCUGAAACAUCAUUAAAGGGACAGCUUGGGGUUUUAGCUAUGAAGACCUUUAUCAACUUCCCCAGGGUCUGAUUAAUUUCUGCCUACCAUUUUACUUCCAUUAAGAAUAAAGUUAGAGGUAGUUUUGUGAGCUAGUGCUAGCUUAGUGCAAAGAUGAAUUCUUGAGGAUGCUAGCUGUACCUGGACUUCCAGUCCUUGCGCUAAGCUAGUUAGCAUUUCCUCCCAAAAUGACCUCUUAUACUGGACGCAGAGACCAUUUUACAUCUCACUGGGGAAGUAUAUAAAUAGCUUCAUUGCUAAAACCCCAAGCUAUCUCUUUUAGGAUUAGGGCACAUUGUUUAAAAACUGUCAACAUUAUCUUUCACGCAUUUAUGAAGAUGUUGAGAUAUGAAAACACCAGCCCCUUGCAAUACAUUUUCUUGAUUUUUAAGACUGCUCGAUUAAACCUCUAAAUCUGUGAGUCUUAAGACGCAGCACACCAAAGGGUAGAUAUGUCAGUGAUGUAAGCAACAACAACAAAAAAUAGAUAUAUAAUUACAAAGAAAGCUACAGAGAAUGGAGAACAUUGUCCGUGUAGUUACAUUUUUAUUUAUUGAAGAUCAAACUUGUGCUCCUAUGAGAUGUUUAAAAAUAAUCUCAUCCAUAUUUUUUACAUCGCUGUUGAAGUUGCACUAGUCACUGUGUACUUGAACUCAAUAGGCUCUUAGAAUUGUCAAUUUCAAACAAUUACAGCACAAAGAUUGAUUGUGGUUGUGCUCAAUGUUACUCAAAUGACUACAAACAGUUGUUUACCAAAACAGUUGUCUAAACAAAUCUGAUUGGAUACCUUAACACAAGUAAUGUAUACCAUAAAACAUUCAAUGUUAUUCCUGUAUGUUUGUUUUGUGUACAUUUCUUCUUUGACAGGUUUGGCCACUUUAAAGGUUGCAGUGUGUAAGGAGACAUUUCUAAAACAAGAAGUCCUAGGCCUAACUGAGUCGCACUUAAUACAGUUUACUCCCGUGACUUGUCUUACACAGACCAACCUGAUGAAGAGUCUUGCCUUAGUGAAGAGUUUUCAGCAGUUUUCAGUAAUGUAACAGGGAUUCCAGUUGGUGAAAUGGUUGUUUGAUUAACAGAACAGUAAAUAGCAACCCCCUGUGACUGAAAUCGGAACUGACACCCCAUCUAAAAUUCUAACUGGGUGUUGUCAACAUGUCUAGGUGAUUUGGAAUACAAUGAAUGAAGCCAGUUUGCCAGAAUGGCUGAAUAACAAGAAGACAGGAUCUGGCUGUGUUUCAUAGGGUGUAUGUUUCUAGGUGAACUCUUAGUCAGCUCUUCCUGGACUACUCACCAUGUUAGUGAACUUGCUAUAGUAAUGUUGACCUACAGUCAACUCGGUGGGAUGUAGGCCUAGAAGUAGCAAUGUACUGGGAAAGAAAGAUCAGACUAAUUUUAAAAUUAAAUUUCAACUCAAUCUGUGGUGAUCUUAUGUUAACAAAGGCAAUGACCACGGUUGCUUUUUUUUCAGCCUGUUGGGCUGUUUUUACAGGCAGCCCAAUUCUGAUAUUUUCCCCACUAAUUGCUCUUUCGACCAAUCACAUCAGAUCUUUUCAGAGCUGAUCUGAUUGGUCAGAAGACUAAUUAGUGGAUGAUAAAGUUUAAGAAUUGGGCUGCCUGCCUAAACUCAGCCAUGUCAUACUGUUUGCAGAUGGAAUCACAGAUCAGGACACAAACUAAUGGUUAAAAUAAAUGUAGCUAGCCUUGUUUAUGCACCUGUAGUGGGAAUGUAGAUCACCCCUUAGUUAGUUUUAUAUAUAUAUAUAUUUGUUGUCCUGGCUUUAUAUGGAUUAUUGAAGUACUCUGAAAUAGUUGUCAGACUUGUAUAACCGAUGGAAGUCUAUAGUAGAACUUCCCCUUAUUCCCCGUCACCCUUCGGCAGACUGAGGAGACCUGCGUACCUAUAAGGAGCGAGAAUCUUGUCUUUGUCAAGUGUCUUGAGUGCAUGGGCGUGCAGUAGCUGUGCAAUAAAAUCCAACAGCCAGCCUGCCCCAUUCCACAGUAGAGGCUCCAAGUAAAGGCUCCGGCAGUUGGUUACGUUGAGGAUGAGUAGUUCUGCAGAAGUCAGUGGACAGUAGAGCCUGGACUUGUGUGCAGCGAGAGGUAUGCUUACAGAGCCACUGAAAAGGUAAGUGUUCCUGUUCAUGAUUUGUUUAAAUGCCAAACAUGUACUGCUCUAACUUCCUCUGUCACCUGACGUGAUGUGACAGUACAGGGGUUCUGGCAUCACACUUCUGAAAAAUGGAAUCACAGUGCAGUACUCAUUCCUCCCUCCGUAUGUGAACGUGUGGCAAUGUGUUUUUAGCCUGUGCAGUAUCUGGUAUUUUUCCUUCAUUUCUGACUGAAGCUGGUCUCUGUAUGAAACAAACUGUAUAUGGACUGCUGUGUCACUGGCUCAACAAAUAGUGUGUGAUGGUGUAUACCCACAACUUGACUUUGGUUCAAUCAACACAACUCCUUUUGUUGAGACUUCUUACAAGCUGUAAUGACAAGUGCAAAUGGGGGGUGUUACUGGCAAUUGUUUUUUUGACAUUGAAUUAUCUGGUUCCUUGGCCCUGUAGAAGGGUCUUUUGGUUGUUGGUGGGGAUCUUUAUUGUUGAUCUUGACCACCUGUUUGUUUAAUCAAGUAAUAGAGGAAGCAAUUUGUGAAGACUGUCCAUUGUCCAAUGUUUGCCUAAUAUUAGAACAUAAUUUAUUUAGCCUUUAUUGCAAACCUUCGUAAAUCAUGUAGACCAAGACAAAAAUGUAGCCGCUAAGGUGUAUCGUAGUACUCGAGCACAGGACUCUGACUCAAGUCGGACUAGUUAUUUUCAAUACAGAAACAAUAGCUUUGACUCAAGCAAUAUUCAGCACUAGACUUUUUGUGUGUGUCUAGGGAUGUGAGAAUCAACCUGGUGACCAUGUUCAUUUCGACUUGACGUGUGCUCUAAGUGGACUGGCUUUUUUUGGGCGUCUACAGUGCAACACUGGCAAGUGAUAUUUGCCCAGUCGAUUCAAUGUUACGGCAAAGAAACUCCUUAAAGACCCCUAAUGAGUAAUAAUUGUCAAUGUAUUUUAUCAGCGGUUCAGACUUGCUAUGUCCGAAUACCCAUACUAGCGUACUCUGCUUAAACUGCAUACUAUUUAGCACGUACCUUUUAGUAAUAAGUAUGCCACAGUCGCAACGCAAUAGUGGCUCGUGGCUGGCUGAGUAGGUGGGACGGGGCCAAGUGCGGGUGGGUUUCCAGCCUGAUAAUAGCACAUUUUUGAUACAUUGCUCUAAUCUCUGAAUAGAAAUGGCGUAAUAUGCCUACUCAGGAUGGUUAUAGGCAGACUACCACAUUCGACCUAUACUAUAAGCCUAUACCAUAAGCCAUAACAUAUUUUAUAGUGAAACCAAAGGGCCUUGAUCUAUAUACAUGCAACAAUUUAAAUUAUUUUACUGAGUUACAUUUCAUAUAAGGAAAUAUUCCAUUGAAAUAAAUUAAUUCUGCAAUAAUCUAUGGAUUUCACAUGACUGGGCAGCGGUGCAGCCAUGGGUGGCCCUGGGAGGACAAAAGUGCUUAUUACAGAGAAAUACUCUUGAGUUUUCUGCUCUCCGUGUGACUGGUCUUAAACAAUCCUGCAUUAGAAGCCGGAUGUGGAGGUCCUGGGCUGGUGUGGUUACACAUGGUCUGCGGUUGUGAGGCCGGUUGGACGUACUGCAAGUUUUUGACAACUACUUUGGAGGCAGUUUAUGGUAAAGAAAUGAACAUUGAAUUCUCUGGUGGACAUCCCUGCAGUCAUCAGCAUGCCAAUUGCACACUCCCUCAAGACUUGAUAACUGCAGAUUAUAUCAGGUGUACCCGUGUAAGGAUCAUGCUGUUUAAUCAUCUUGAUAUGCCACACCUGUCAGGUGGCUGGAUUGUCUUGGCAAAGGAUAAGUGCUCACUAACAAGGAUGUAAACACAUCUGUGCACAAAAUACUCAAAUUUUAAGGAGAACAAAAACGGCUUUGCCUACAUUUGAACACUGAGUCUUCCCAAUUUAAGUAGCCUAGUUUUGUUUGACUACUUGACAAGAACUAGAGCCCAUCACCCCCUGUUUCAAUAUGCAUUCUGGAAGUGUGCAUUGAAUUCGACUAGAUGAAGGGCAGAAAAUGAGCGUAGUGUCCUGGCAUUUAAACAAUACUUGAUUUUUGAAAAUGAACACCCUAACAUAUUUUUGCGUACUGGGAAUGCGACAUGUGAGAUUGCGUCUGCUAUUUGUUUAUUUUCGGUAGCUCAUUCGCAUCUAAUUGAUCAGUUAAUGUCAAAGCCAAAAUGAUUAUGACAACCGGGAUUUAAAGUGCUCGAUUUUUUAAAAUGUUACAUACUAUUAAACUUUAUUUUUCCGCGUACUCAUGCGGCCUACUGUUUAGGAUGAAAGUAUAGGUAUUCGGUCAUGUGGAGCAGUGAAUUGUACUAGUAUUUGGGCUCUUUCAGUCCUCUUUCUUGCCUGUCUUGUCACACACCAGUAGUCCAGCUUUUUUGGGGGGGGUAUAUGUGAUCGGCAACCUCCAAUUUCCAGAUUUUCUUGGUUGUGUGGUUCAUCAUUAUGGGUUCUUACACUUUUUCAGUUGCUCCCCUAGGUCAUUUAGGAAGGUUUUAGUUGGACUUUUGUUACACCCAGCUUUCAUUUAUUUACUCUGAGAUUGUAAUAGAAAUGGCAAACAUGAGCUUGUUGACAACUGAGUAGGCUGGGAACAGCCUCUACUUUUGUAGAAUGUGACUUUCGUGUAUUGCUAAGAUCAACUAGAACGUGUCAUUUUCAAGCUUUAAUCCACUGGGCUAUUCUUGGGCGGCUGGACAGUUGUGGGUCUGGGUUUGGGUCUAUCUGGGUCAUCCACAGCCUAGCUAUUCAUAAAGGUCACUUGGUCACUUCACUUGAUACUAUAGUGUGGCAACUACCAUACACAAGAAGGCACUGUUUCUCUUUCUCUCUCCUGUACUUUGGAAAGACCUGUGACUCUGUCCAAAAAUGGCAGCCUGUUCCCCCUGUCUGGUUCCUGCCUGUCUCAGUGGACAAAUCCAUUAUGGAGGCCCCGUGGGGAUGGCCCAGUCCAUCACUCUCAGACAUGUUCUACUGAAAUUGUGUACUGUUAAGGACAAUGGUGCAACACUAAAAUUAUAUUUUUUAAUAUGCGCUUUCUCCCUCGUUUGCAAGCGGUCGCUGUCAGCGGUUUUGAAAUAUCAGUCCAUUUUUUUUUUCUCACUUUUAUUUAACCAGGUAGGCCAGUUGAGAACAAGUUCUCAUUUGCAAUUGCAACCUGGCCAAGAUAAAGCAAAGUGGUGCGACACACAAACAGUUACUCAUGGAAUAAUCAAUAGCCUAAAUAGCCUAAAUGUGCUAUAUAUACAUUCUCUAAGCGGCCUCAAACGGUAGUGUUGUUGCCUGUUUGAAUAAUAGCCUACUUAUUCCCAUGCAACCACGUGGAAUAAACAACUUAACAAAUUCGUCUUUUUUUUAUUCUUUGCUAUAUGCUGUAAUAAAGGCGUUACACAUUUUGUUAGAACAGCCUCUGGUAUUAUUUAUUUAGUGUGUACACUGUUCCAAAUGAUCAGAAAGGAUGUAUAAUAACCCCCGAUCAUGAUAUUAUUAUGAUCAUUAUAAUAAGUGAUGUCAUUAUCAUUAGGCUGAGUAGAACAGCCUUGUAUAACCAACAUUGAGCUGUAUGGCCUAAGAGCGCAUCCUGUUUAGUCUCAAUACUGUCAUUUAAUUAUAUAUAUAUAUAUAUAAAUUUGUUCAUGUCAUCACACAGCGUACGAGUCAUUUGGAUUUUAAAUGCAAUGAAGCGUACAAAAAAUAUUAUAAUAAUAAAGCAACCGUUGAAUAAUUAGCCUAAACAGUAAAUAAACCGCUCUAUUUCUGCAAUUGCAUUCACAAAUGCAUGCGACUGUUUUUAGUCUUGCUGUAAAAGGCUUUACAAAAAAAUACUUUCUGGUAUGCAUAUUUGGUUAGUGUUUACAUUUUUCCAAACGGUCAGAAAUGUUUGGAAUCUAACCGCACCAGUUUGGCACACAUAAUAUGCAUAUAUAUAUAUUCCUUUUCUUGAUCUCCAAGAUUUUCCACAACUAUUCAGUUAUGCCACAUAUCUGACUUCCCCUUUUACCUGAGCAACCAGUAAACAUUCAUGUUUUGACUUAAUUUGUCACAUGCUCUGCAUCCAUUUUGCUGUCACGUUACGGAGUUAGUAGUUUCUAACCAAUUUAUUGAUGUGAUUAUGAUAUUGUAUAGGUCAUGCCCCAUUGAUCACGUGCAUGCGAUGCAUAGGCCUACAUGUGUCACGUAAAGAGAGCAAGGGUUUAGGGAUUGUUGUAACCUAAACAUUUGGGUAACUGAACUUUUCAUUCAGAAAUAGCUCUAAUUAUGUUGCUGCUUCAGCAACACGGACGAUAAACUGUUCUGUGGUGGUUGUUGCAGCAGGGAGGAGGACACAACGGGUGCAAGUCUAACAAACACGGUCUUAUAUUUUAUUUUUCUAGUGCGCAGCAGGUCUGAGCCCUGCCCGGCACAAAUCAAUUGUGGUCGGAGUUCUAAGUCAUUUGUCGGAAUUAUUUCAUCCAACAGUGUGCUUAAAGCAUCAGACAAGCUCAGUGCAUAUAGUUGAUUUGAUUAAAACACACAAUGUCUAUAUAUGGGAAAAUACAUGUUUCUUUCCCCCAUUUUGACCUAUUGAUUAGUCGAAAGAACAGACUACUCUCGGUCGACAUGUAUAUAUAUAUAUUUGUUGUUGUUGGGACAGCCCUUUUUUUUCAUGCUUCAAGGUAUCAUCAAUCCUCCUGUCUUAUCGGUGACAUUCUCAAGCCAGUGACCAGCCAGCCAAUUAUAAAGGGUUCAGUUCACAAGGACUGUGCCAACCUCCUUGGUGUAGCAGUUUGUUUGUAAACGGUGUCUCAUGCAGCAAACUUAGUGUUGGUUAUCUUGGACUGUAAGCGUCUUGUGUAGAGAACUACCAUGAGCAGUGAAAUCAGCCCUAGGGCUGUCUAGUGUGUCUGUCUGCACUGUGAUCCAUUUCCCCUCGGGAGUCUACUCUUUGAGUGGCCAGUCUGCUUCUCCGUAUCCCCUUCAGAGUGUGAUGCCAGAACUACCCUCCAGGGCCUCAGGGCCUCUACUGGAAAGGGCAAUGCCUUUUCCAAACUCGUUCUGCAAGAUCGACGUCGCAAAUGCCCAUCAUGAUGUAUAAGGUGAAAGCGUCUUCAUAGGUGCAACUCCUGACGUUUUGGGGGGUUUGCUAUAACAAUACUUUUCCAGUGUCAACCAAGUCAAGCUUACCUUGCUUUGUAACUGUUUUCAGUCCUCAUGUUUUUGCAUGAUUGGUGUCAUGGCUCUUAUGCAUUUGCCUGUUCCCUCUGGAGUUAAUAAAUGUUGCUAUAAAGUGACGUAGCCUACAUACCUAACUACAGUGGGGAGAACAAGUAUUUGAUACACUGCCGAUUCUGCAGGUUUUCCUACUUACAAAGCAUGUAGAGUUCUGUAAUUUUUAUCAUACGUACACUUCAACUGUGAGAGACGGAAUCUAAAACAAAAAUCCAGAAAAUCACAUUUGUAUGAUUAAGUAAUUAAUUUGCAUUUUAUUGCAUGACAUAAGUAUUUUAUACAUCAGAAAAGCAGAACUUAAUAUUUGGUACAGAAACCUUUGUUUGCAAUUACAGAGAUCAUACGUUUCCUGUAGUUCUUGACCAGGUUUGCACACACUGCAGCAGGGAUUUUGGACCACUCCGCCGCCAUACAGACCUUCUCCAGAUCCUUCGGGUUUCGGGGCUGUCGCUGGGCAAUACGGACUUUCAGCUCCCUCCAAAGAUUUUCUAUUGGGUUCAGGUCUGGAGACUGGCUAGGCAUCUCCAGGACCUUGAGAUGCUUCUUACCGAGCCACUCCUUAGUUGCCCUGGCUGUGUGUUUCGCUUCCACGACCCAUCUUCAAUGCUCUUACUGAGGGAGGGAGGUUGUUGGCCAAGAUCUCGCAAUACAUGGCCCCAUCCAUCCUCCCCUCAAUAUGGUGCAGUUGUCCUUUCCCCUUUGCAGAAAAGCAUCCCCGAAGAAUGAUGUUUCCACGUCCAUGCUUCACGGUUAGGAUGGUGUUCUUGGGGUUGUACUCAUCCUUCUUCUUCCUCCAAACACGGCGAGUGGAGUUUAGACCAAAAAGCUAUUUUUUGUCUCAUCAGACCACAUGACCUACUCCCAUUCCUCCUCUGGACCAUCCAGAUGGUCAUUGGCAAACUUCAGAUGGGCCUGGACAUGCGCUGGCUUGAGCAGGGGGACCUUGCAUGCGCUGCAGGAUUUUAAUCCAUGACGGCGUAGUGUGUUACUAAUGGUUUUCUUUGAGACUGUGGUCCCAGCUCUCUUCAGGUCAUUGACCAGGUCCUGCCGUGUAGUUCUGGGCUUAUCCCUCACCUUCCUCAUGAUCCUUGAUGCCCCACGAGGUGAGAUCUUGCAUGGAGCCCCAGACUGAGGGUGAUUGACUGUCAUCUUGAACAUCUUCCAUUUUCUAAUAAUUGCGCCAACAGUUGUUGCCUUCUCGCCAAGCUGCUUGCCUAUUGUCCUGUAGCCCAUCCCAGCCUUGUGCAGGUCUACAAUUUUAUCCCUGAUGUCCUUACACAACUCUCUGGUCUUGGCCAUUGUGGAGAGUUUGGAGUCUGAGUGUGUGGACAGGCGUCUUUUAUACAGGUAGCGAGUUCAAACAGGUGCAGUUAAUUCAGGUAAUGAGUGGAGAACAGGAGGGCUUCUUAAAGAAAAACUAACAGGUCUGUGAGAGCCGGAUUUCUUACUGGUUGGUAGGUGAUCAAAUACUUAUGUCAUGCAAUAAAAUGCAAAUGAAUUGCUUAAAAAUCAUACAAUGUGAUUUUUCUGGAUUUUUGUUUUAGAUUCCGUCUCUCACAGUUGAAGUGUACCUAUGGUAAAAAUUACACACCUACAUGCUUUGUAAGUAGGAAACACUGCCGAUUUUGCAGGUUAUCAAAUACUUGUUCUCCCCACUGUAUGUCAAAAUUUACUUUAAAAAAAAUUGUAAUGUCUGACAUUAAUUGGCACAAGUUCUUUUAACAUUUUAAACAAUCUGUCAUUUACAUCUAGUGCAUGCAUGUACUGUAGUUUUUGUAAUUUAAAUUCCAAAAAGCCUAAUCUACUUUCAAGUCCUCUACAUCCCUGUAGUUUAGCACUCAUAUCUACAGUUAUUUGUGUACUAGUGUCUCAGGAUACAUUUUUGAAAUUCAUAGCUUUGAGCUCAUCGUUUCUCUCUUUCUGCAGGGGCCUCGAGUGAUUGUAGGAGGCUGAGGAGCUGCUCCUGGUUUAACAUAUGGUUAACUGAAUAGACUGUCUGUUCAAACCUGUGCAGGGGCGCCUCUGGUCCAUCCUAAAACAAGGAUGUGGUCUAUCCUAAAGCAAGGAAAUGGAUCUGCAGAACCAGGCGGAAGUGAAGUGUGACGCCGCCCCAGCAUCCAACCAGCAGAAAAGCUAGAAGUUCAACAGGAGACAUUUUUUUAAAUGUAUUUUUCUACACAAAAUUGCAAUAAAAGGUUCAAUUUGG